UAUCAUUCAAGCCACCCCGCACCGGAGGAGGUGUUUUCCAAGUUGACGGACAUGCUCUCAGGGCAGGGUUUUCGCACCUCACUGGUUCAACAAACUCGACGCUCCAUUUUGGUCGCUGCGCAUAACUGGGGCGCCGAGGAAGGCAACCUCCGUCCCAGGCUUGCGCGGCAGAGACCGACAUGCCAAGGUGAUUUUCAAUUGCUACAGUCCAAUUGUUUGGACCUGCACACCUCCAAUGGCCGUCUGGUUUUCUGCGCACCGCUACUGUUAAGUGAAACUGCCAGGCAGGCGCUGGUGUGGCAUGGUAGUGCGGUUGAAGACUUGCUUGGGGAAUGCGACCGGGGUGGUGGCAUGGCCAGGUCCAACUCAGCCGCUGCUGCCCAGGAUGAAACGUCCUGCUCAGCGCGGGCUAGUUCAACAUCGUCCAGCAAACAUUGUGCAUUGUGCAUGUGUUUGAGAACACUUCUACGCACCGUCAAUGUUUGCAUCACGGCCGCGCAGUUCAUGCGCCAGAGUUCUGCUUGCAUGGCAGGCCGGAGGGUAGAGCCUAGCCGCCAGGAAUCCUACCCACUGCCCCACCGAAGUCUGACAAGUGCCAGGGCCCCUGAGCAAGCAAGGCGUGACGCCAACCUUUGGGCUGACAGUUUGGAUGAGCGCUUCUACCCACCCAUGCAUGAUAAGCCCCUGCGGAUCAUCGGAAACAUCAAAGUUGGAGACUGGCCAGUACAAAACAGUUGGAGACUGGCCAGUAUAAAACCGUCAGCAGCAUGCACAUGCCCAGUAUAUAAACAGGUUUCUCAAGGGCCUUCUGCGGCAAAAAGGCGUAUGAAAAAAAAAUAAAUAUUUGUCGUUUCCCACGCACGACGGUACGUUCGUGAAGUCUGUUGUUGGCAGAUCAACCCACGACCUUGCCAGAACCAUGUAGGGACAGAGGUUUUUGGGGUUGACAGAAUCAGAAGAGCUUGCGUGCCAGUGUCAAUUAGCCAUUGUUUUGCCAGAGUCACAACAUUGUGUGACCCGAACUCUAGCCACUAAUUCAUUUGCAGGCCAUCGUGGCUCGCUUUCCGACGCCGAGCCACCAAGGCCUGCCUCCCAACAGCACCCGUGGAGCACCGGUUUUCCUCUCCCCCUCCCGACGUUCCCACUCCUGACAUCCCGGGCGCUCAUUCUAUUCCCGGAGACUUCGAGGGUUGUGUGGCUAUUGAAGCGCGCGUUGCCACAUCACAUGCAUGGUGCGAGGCCGCGGGCAGCCGUUGGUUCUCGUAACGUUCGGGCCUUGCACGAGUCAGAGCGGGUGAGGCCGAGAGACCGGUGCGACGGGCAAGUAUGUAGAAAGGAAAGUUUUAACACCAUCCACUACAGCAGGCGAUUUGUGAUUUUUUAGGCCCACACGUCAUCCAGCCGAGUGAUGAGGAGAUUCAAGUCUCGGAGAAGGGUGCGGGUGGACUGUGACCAGCUGGGGCAGACUUCUGCAACGCAGAAAGCCACCUAACAAACCCAGGCCGGCCGUCCAAAAGCAAUUGAGGCGCCAGACCAUAACCAGUUGGAAAGCUGAAUUGACCAAGCGCAGCGCUCCCAACCUGAGAUGCCCCUGAGCGCCGGGGGUGCCGAAGACACUGCAGCUGCCGAAGCACACCAUUUGCGUGCCUAUGAGGCCGACACAGCAAACCGAGCAACCCUACAGGAGUGGCAUGGUCCCCUGCGCAAGACUGGAAAGCAACUGGGUGAGCACACUGCAACUGGAGGUAUGUACUUGAAAUACAAGGCCUGCCGUCUGAUGGACAACCCGUCGUCAAAGGCGCUGAAUGGCGAAAAUAUUGAUCGUAUCCAAUUAGAGACUGCGUGGUCUUGCCCCACAGUUCGAACUGUCCUUCGGAUCACCGAUGAUCUGCAUUUGGAUGACCAAAUACGCAGCUCUGGUUCUGAUGACAUUGUGAGGGAAAUUGUUGGUACGGCAAGUUCGAGCUUUAUGGCUGCCAUGGCCAAGAUUGACGAACUCAGGGACGACGUCCAAGUUCAAAGGGAUGAGAGGAGGGUGCAAGCAGAAAGCAACCUGAGCAAAGUUGCCUAUCAGUCACUUUAUGGCCUCAAGCAGGUCCAGGAGCCGAAGCAGACAGUGACGCAUGGAAGGUCAAGGCGACGAAGCUCUGUAGGCAGCGCGCUCUCAAGCGAGGUUCAACUCCUCCCUGGGACGUCUCUGGGACGUGGCAUGGGGCCGACUGUCAUCCGCUUCACCCCCGAUCCACGGGAAGACCAGCUGAGACAGAAAGUCCAAGUGUUUGACAGAUGGAUGUAUGGACAUUUAGCGGAGGAGCGGAAUCUGUCGAGACAAAAUGAGAACCGCCGGAGGCUUCCACCGGUGCGAUUGGACAUGAGACUCUUGGGCCUUGCUGAGUGAGUGUUUGGGAAAGAUGUGGGUGCAACUGGGUUUAUAUAUAUUCUGCCUUGGUCUGUCAAGCAGAUCUUGAGGCAAUUUUGGCCUAUGGAGUUUGGUGAUCAGAUUAUUUGGACCAGUCUGGCUGCGAAGCAGCUGGGCUAAGAUGUGCUCCUGAAGGGCGCAUGAGAAAGACCUGCACGCGGAGUUUUCCUUCAGGACAUUUUGCUUCAUUGGCAGGUGACAUUAUUUACCUCAAAAUCCCUACAAGGCGCUGCAGCUUUUGUUACAA